CGAGCAAGCACCCCAGAGGACGCAACGAAAUUGACGGGCCGUGCCGUGUCGCCGUCGGUGAUGAUCGCCGCCGUGACGCGGCACUGCUGCAGCACCACCCCCCGGGUCCCGAGAAAGCUCUAUAAGUGCAGGGGGUGAGGGCAGUGGUAGCUCUCAAGCCUCAAGGGACCAGCUGAUCUGUGAUCUGGCACGGGCCACCAAGAGACUACCACUUCGUGUUCGUGUUACUGGUGUGUGCGUGUGCGUGUGUGAGCCGGGGAGUCCUUGUGGUCGGUGAAGGCAUGGAGGGCUCGUUGCUAAGCGGGCUCAACUCCGGCGUGGUGCUGAGCCUGAUCGCCGUGCUGUGGACGGUGGUGUGGCAGAACCUGCAGCACCUCCAGCUGCAGCAGUUCUUCGGGCGCCACCUGAGCCGCCACGCGCGGCGGCUGGCGGCGAUGGUGGAUCCCUACCUGUCGGUCACCAUCGCCGAGUACGAGGGCGGCCGGAUGAAGCGCAGCGACGCCUUCGAGGAGGUCAAGGCCUACCUCAGCGCCGCCUGCUCCCGCGGCGUGCGCCACCUCCGGGCCGAGGGCGCCAAGGACACCGACAAGCUCGUCCUCAGCAUGGUCGACGGCGAGGAGGUGGCCGACGAGUUCGAGGGCGCCACGGUCUGGUGGUGGGCCUACUCCAAGUCACCGCCGCGCUCCGACCCCGCCGCGGCGUGGUUCGGCGGCGCCGGCGCCGGCGCGCAGGAGGAGCGCCGGUUCUACAGGCUCUUCUUCCUCGAGCGCCACCGCGACCUCGUGCUCGACACCUACCUCCCGCUCGUCCGGCAGCGGGGCCGCGCCGUCAUGGUGAAGAACCGGCAGCGGAAGCUCUUCACCAACAUCUCCACGCACCAGUGGAGCGACGGCGGGUACAUGAGGUCGGCGUGGAGCCACGUGGUGUUCGAGCACCCCAAGACGUUCGCCACGCUCGCCAUGGACCCGGCGAAGAAGAAGGAGAUCACGGACGACCUCGACAUGUUCAAGAACGGCAAGGACUACUACGCCCGCGUCGGCAAGGCGUGGAAGCGCGGGUACCUCCUGUACGGCCCGCCGGGGACGGGAAAGUCGGCCAUGAUCGCCGCCAUGGCCAACUACCUCGACUACGACAUCUACGACAUCGAGCUCACGUCCGUGCACUCCAACACCGACCUCCGCAAACUGUUCAUCGAGACGACGAGCAAGUCCAUCAUCGUCAUCGAGGACAUCGACUGCUCGCUCGACCUCACCGGCGCGCGCAAGAAGAAGAAAGCCGCUGCGGAGGACGACGACAAGAAGGACGGCGCCGCGGCUGCCGCCAAGGCCGCCGCUGGCGGCGACAGGAAGGACACCAGCAGCAAGGUGACGCUGUCCGGCCUGCUCAACUUCAUCGACGGGCUGUGGUCGGCGUGUGGCGGCGAGCGGAUCAUCGUGUUCACCACCAACCACGUGGAGAAGCUGGACCCGGCGCUCAUCAGGAGGGGCCGCAUGGACAAGCACAUCGAGAUGUCCUACUGCGGCUUCGAGGCCUUCAAGUUCCUCGCCAAGACGUACCUCGACGUCGACGCCCACCCGCUGUUCGACGCCGUUGAGGAGCUGCUGCGGGAGGUGGAGAUGACGCCCGCCGACGUCGCCGAGAACCUGACGCCCAAGAGCCUGGAGGACAACCCGGACUCGUGCCUCGCGGCCUUGGUGAAGGCGCUGGAAGAGGCCAAGGAGAAGAAGAAGGCGAGUGGGGGGGGUGGUCAUGACGAACAAGAUUCCGAGGAGGAGGAAGAGUAGUUUCGAUUGACGAUUGCCAAAUUGUCUGCUGAUUUUCUCGUGGUUUGUGUUAGAGAGAUCUCGCAUCGAAUUAGCCAGCCGCUUCAUCAGUUAGUAAACUCUUGUAGACAGUAGACUCGAUCGGGUAGUAGCAUUGUCAGGAACACUAUGCUUUCGUGAACAGAGGGAGUGCAGCUAUGUUAGAAAUAAAAUAAGUUAACACCAGGUCAACGUGAACUUUUUCUCGGAAAGAAAGAAACGUGACGAGAACUUUGUGAAACGAAAA